AUGGAAAAGAGGAAAUUCAGCAAAUUGGAAAUUGUAUUUAUCGUCCUCUUCUGCCUGGUGGUGGCUGUGGCCUGUGUACUCAUUGGGAUUCUAGCGACGAGGGAACCUGCGUCCCAGAGCAUCCAAUUUUCCCCAAAUUGCCCCAGUGUGGAAAUAUCGGAGCGCAUCGACUGCAUCCCGGAUGAAGUUGCCACCAAGUACAAGUUGAAUUCUUAUGGUUUCCAGCCAUUCUACAUGGGUCUUGAAGAAGACGGCAAUGCCCACGGUGUUCUCUUGCUUAACAGCAACGCAAUGGAUGUGACCUUCCAGCCCACGCCUGCUCUGACCUAUCGCACAACUGGCGGAAUUCUGGACUUUUACAUGGUUUUGGGGCCGACGCCAGAGCUUGUUGUUCAGGAAUACACCGCACUGGUUGGGCGGCCUGUCAUGCCACCCUACUGGGCGCUGGGAUUCCAGUUGUGCCGCUACGGGUAUGAAAAUGACGCCGAAAUCGCCACGUUGGUGGAAGACAUGAAAGCAGCCGGGAUACCCUAUGAUAUCCAAUAUGCGGAUAUUGACUAUAUGGAACGGCAGCUGGACUUCACCCUCAGCCCGCACUUCGCCGGCUUACCAGCUCUAAUUAACAAAAUCCGAGAAGAAGGAAUGAGGUUUAUCCUGAUCCUGGACCCAGCCAUAUCUGCUAACGAAACCAAUUACCUCGCCUUCACAAGAGCUUUGGAGAAGGACGUCUUCAUCAAAUGGCCCAAUACUGAUGACAUCAUAUACGCAAAGGUGUGGCCGGAUCUUCCGAACGUCAUCGUUAAUGACUCACUGGAUUGGGACACCCAAGUGGAGAUCUACCGUGCGUACACCGCUUUUCCAGAUUUCUUCCGCAAUUCCACGACCGAAUGGUGGACGAGAGAAAUCGCCGAAGUCUACGAUAACCCCCGCAACGCAUCGCAAAGCUUGAAGUUCGACGGCAUCUGGAUAGACAUGAACGAACCUUCGAGCUUCGUUAAUGGUGCUGUUGGUGGCUGCAGGAACCAAGAGCUCAACUUUCCACCAUAUAUGCCCCAGCUGGGGUCACGGGCGGAGGGCUUGGCUUUCAAGACGCUCUGCAUGGAGGGGCAGCAAUUCCUCCCCGACGGUUCCCCCGUCCGUCACUAUGACGUCCACAACCUUUACGGGUGGUCACAAACAAAACCGACCCUCGACGCCUUGCGGAGCGUCACGGGGGAGCGAGGAAUCGUCGUCACCCGCUCGACCUUCCCCAGCAGCGGGAAGUGGUCGGGACAUUGGCUGGGGGACAACACGGCUGCCUGGAACCAGCUGGAUAAAUCCAUCAUAGGCAUGUUGGAGUUUAGUCUCUUCGGAAUAUCUUACACAGGAGCUGAUAUCUGUGGCUUCUUCGGAGACUCGGAGUACGAGCUGUGCGCUCGGUGGAUGGAGCUUGGGGCCUUUUACCCGUAUUCAAGGAAUCACAAUGGCGAAGGAUCAAAGAGGCAAGAUCCUGUUGCCUGGAAUUCCACAUUUGAAGACAUUUCAAGGAACGUGCUGAACAUCCGAUAUUCUCUCCUGCCGUAUCUGUACACGUUGAUGUACGAAGCCAACGCCCGCGGCAGCACCGUCGUCCGGCCCCUGCUGCACGAGUUUGUGGAUGACAAACUGACAUGGGAAAUCUACAAACAAUUUCUGUGGGGACCAGCACUGCUCAUCAGCCCCGUCCUGGAACAGGGUGCUGUGGUGGUGAACGCUUACCUGCCCAAUGCCCGCUGGUAUGAUUAUCACACAGAUGAAUAUAUUGGCUUUAGGGGACAAUUUAGAGAUUUAUCGGCUCCUUUGGGACAUAUCAACCUGCACAUCCGAGGUGGCUACAUCCUUGCUCAGCAAAGUCCUGCUAAUACCACAUUUUACAGCCGAAAAAACCCGUUGGCACUUAUUGUUGCACUGAAUGACAGCUCAGCUGCAGAAGGGCAGCUUUAUUGGGACGAUGGGGUGAGCAUCGAGGCGCAUGAAGCCGGGCAGUACCUGCUGACCUCAUUUACGGCUCGUCAGGAUGUUUUAGAGAUAAAGGUUUUGCACCAAGGUUACGCUGAUCCAAAUAAUCUGAGGUUCACCCAAAUUAAAAUUUUGGGGCUGAGCUCAACUGUCCGGAGGGUGAUGGUAUCGCAGGACGGGCAAGAAAUUCCAUCUCCUCACGUCGUGUCGUACAACAGUGAAAAACAGGUCCUGGAAAUCACGGGCCUGGAACUUCGAUUAGGCCAAGGCUACACGUUGCAGUGGAGUUAAAACGCCCGCGAAUCCCGUGGAACUUCCUCAUGUUCACAAAUUCUUUUUGAAUUCUUCAGAUAUUUUGUGGUAAAAAACAUGUACGGGGGGGUUGUUUUAAGUUCUUUUGUGCAGAACAGAGUUGUGGUUUUGUGUUGGCCUCAUUUUUAAAUGAAUUGGACAAACUUGGCCUUUCCAAAUGAAGAGAUGAACGUGAAAUGAGGUGAUUUCCCUAACUCAAAUUUUGUUUUAUUUUAUUUUAUUUUAUUUUAUUUUAUUUUAUUUUAUUUUAUUUUAUUUUAUUUCAUUUUAUUUUAUAAAAAUAUUGGCAUGAACUGAGGGCAUAUGGGGCAAUAAAUCUGCCCACAUUUUUCUUCCCUGCUUGUUUAUGAGUUGAGAUUACAGAUAAUUAUUUAAGGGCAAUCACAUGGAUUGAUUUAAAAGAUUCUGCAGUUGUUGAUCCAAAGUUAUGUAAAAUUAAACAUGACAUUU